CGCGCUGCGGGGCUGCCCGGCCACCGCGGGGCCGCCAUGCCCGCCAAGUCCAAGUACAACCUGGUGGACGACCGGCACGACCUCCGCAUCCCCCUGCACAACGAGGACGCCUUCCAGCACGGCAUCUGCUUCGAGGCCAAGUACAUAGGCAGCUUGGAUGUACCACGGCCAAACAGCAGGGUGGAGAUCGUGACAGCCAUGCGGCGGAUCCGGUAUGAGUUCAAAGCCAAGAACAUCAAGAAGAAGAAGGUGAACCUCGUCGUGUCAGUGGACGGCGUGAAGGUCAUUCUGAAGAAGAAGAAGAAGCUUUUUUCCUUGCAGAAAAAAGAAUGGGCCUGGGAUGAGAACAAAAUGCUUGUCAUGCAUGAUCCCAUUUACAGGAUAUUCUAUGUGUCCCAUGACUCGCAGGACCUAAAGAUCUUCAGCUACAUUGCCCGGGAUGGGUCUAGCAACGUGUUCAGGUGCAAUGUCUUCAAAUCCAAAAAGAAGAGCCAAGCCAUGCGCAUCGUGCGGACGGUGGGACAGGCGUUUGAGGUCUGCCACAAGCUGAGCCUGCAGCACACCCAGCAAAAUGCAGACGGGCAGGAGGACGGGGACAGCGAGAGGAACGGGGACGAUCUGGAUGUCCCAGCCUGCCGCCUCACUGCUGCAGAGCGGGCAGCCACCUCAGCUGAGGAGACCGACAUCGAUGCUGUGGAGCUGCCGCUGCCCGGGGCUGACAUCCUCGACUUCAGCCGCGGCGUCACGGACCUGGAUGCUGUGGGCAAGGAGGCGAGCGGUGACACCAAGGGCUGCCUCCACCCUGAGGACAUCCUGACCGCUUCGCCCAAGAUGCUGCUGCCAUCAUCCACCCCGCUGCCCGACCUGGGCACUCCUCUGUCUGCACACCACCAAAUGCAGCUCCUGCAGCAGCUCCUGCAGCAGCAGCAGCAGCAGACACAAGUGGCUGUGGCACAGGUCCACCUGCUGAAGGACCAGCUGGCUGCAGAGGCAGCGGCACGCCUGGAGGCGCAGGCACGUGUGCACCAGCUCCUGCUCCAGAACAAGGACUUGCUGCAGCACAUCUCGCUCCUGGUCAAACAGGUGCAGGAGCUGGAAUUGAAGCUGGCGGGGAACAACACCACAGGCUCCCAGGACAGCCUGCUGGAGAUCACCUUCCGCUCCAGCGUCCUCCCCGUGCUCUGCGACCCGACCACCCCGCAGCCUGAGGACACCCACCUGCCGCAGCUGGGCCCUGGCUCGGGCUUCCCCAGCGCCCUGGGCAGCCCCAUAGGUAGGAACGACUGUCUGGUGAAGCUGGAGUGCUACCACUUCCUGCCGAGCUCGGGGUCGCACGCCCCAGAGCCGGCUCUGGGCAGCCUGGAGCUCCUCAAGUUCCGUGAGUCGGGCAUCGCCUCUGAGUAUGAGUCCAACACGGACGAGAGCGAGGAGCGCGACUCCUGGUCCCAGGAGGAACCGCCACGCCUGCUCAACGUCCAGCCCCGGCAGGACCUGGGUGACAGUCUGGAGGAUGAGAUUGCGGUGUAGGGGAUGUCAAGAGGUGGCACAGAGCAGCCGGGACCCCCAGGGAUGGUGGAGGGAGCGUGGUGCUGGUUGGCAGCAGGGGCCAGAGCUGGGCAUGGUGCGUGAUGCUGCCGUGCUGGCAGCUCCCUCCCUGGCUUGUGCUGUGCCCAGGACCCUGAUGUGUGCAGUCCACAGCAGCUUUAGGGAGGUAGAUGUGGUGGUACUGCAGUAUCUCUGUUGGAGCAGGGGGCAGAUCUUCCUUCCCUGCUGCCAGUCAUCUUGUCCUGAGCUCAGCCGGCCCUCAGCACCCUCAGCUUCAUGCCAGGCUUGUGUUGCUCCCUGGUCCCCAUGUACUCCCAAGCUGCAUCUUGAGAUCAGAAGCAAGGGAAGCAAAGUGCUCUCAGCAGCAGUCCCUGCAGGGCUCCUUGUGCUGCUGGCAUUGCUGCUCAGCAACCGUCAUGGGUUAGGAGCCACUGCUAGCAGUGUUACUAUUGGGUGGAGCAAUGAAACUGGAGAAUGUUUUUGCUGGAGGAAUGAGAAAACAGGUACGGGGCAGGGACAGGAGGGACAAAAGAGCCAGCAUGAAUUGGUUUCCUGCAUGAUAGAGAUGGUGAGAGAUGAGGCUGGAGCUAUGCUACUGGGAUGAGAGAUGGUGCCCCAUCGAUGUGGGUGUGUGAGGGGGGAGGAAUGCUGGGAAGGAGAUUGGAAAAGUGAGGGAUAAGAGGAAGUUGCACAGUACAGCCAGGCACAGGCAGCUCCUUGCAGGCACUGUGGUUUGUGGCACUGUGGGGCAGAGUUUGUCCUUGCCUGGGCAGACAGAGGGUGCUGGGCAUUGCCUGCUCCUCUCCUGGGCUGUGAAGUGUAUAGGGAGGCACAAAUGUGCAUGCAGUGAGAGCUGGGGAGCACAGCACAGGGAGGAUGAAUUCUCCUUACCUCAUUGCCUAGUUCCGGAGCUCUUUGGUACUGCUACCAGGUAUCAAAGCCUUUCUGGUGCUCUCAAGUCGUAUUUUCAAGCAAUUCCCUGCACCACUGCUACUGCCAGUUCCCUGCUUGGCUUUACAGACAAACCAUUCCAUUUCUAUGCGGUUGCUUGCCACCAGAACACUGCUGGCAAUGGCUGUGUGUGCAUGCAGACAGACAUGCACAGCCUCUCCAUGGAAGCAAGAUCUCCUCCUUCCCUAGCUGCUGUGGGCACAGUGUACGCUCACAUUCCCCAGAAGGGGUUAUUCUGCAGGGUGACUUGGUGGCUGUGUAGCCCAUCACGUGGCUGGGGUAACCCCGCUCCCAGGCAGGGUCUGGAUUCAUGGUGGUUUCUUCAGGGUGCAUGCUGACCCCAGGAUGGAGAAGGGGGGCUCUGGACCCCUCUGGAAGGCGACACCAGUCAUGAGGAACUGCUGGGAAUUGCCUGGUGCAGUGCUCAGUGCCUGUACUGAGCUGGAAUGGGAGAGGUAGGCACCCUACGCGGGGAGCUCGUGGGUGGCACAGUGACAAAUAACUGGGCACGUGGGCACCUUCAUGUGUCUGGUUUUCAUCUUCAGAAGAGUUAAUCCAGGAUUUCAGGGCCUUCACCAGCCCCUAAGAGGCUGAUAGAUGUUCUUGGGGGCCUCCAAAGGAGCCAGAGCUUCUCCCUGCUCUGCAGCACACUUACUAGUUGCCCACUGUUGCAGCCUCUGAGAACACAACUGAAGGGAUGCAAACCAGAUGACCCUUCUGCUCCUUACAGAAACAUGGGGAGACAGGAUUGACAAGAUUGUCUUCCACAUCUUCCACCCUCCUGUCCUGCUUCUGCUUUGCUUUGCUGCUUGCCUGCUGCUUUUCCUUUUGCCAGCUGUCUCUGCUUGAUCUGCCUGCAUCUAACCCCUGGCUGCCUAUCUCCCAGACUCAAGCUCUUGCUCUGCUCCAGUGUUUGACUCUGCUGUGAGGAAGGUCCAUGGUUUUCUCCUGCUCCAGUCCCCUCGGGGUGGAGGAGCAGGGUGCAGGUGAGACCCCAGGGGGAGCAAGGGCUGUGCUGUGCACUGUCCACCCCAUGAGGAGGUGGGCACUGCAGGUAGCAGAGCUGUCAGGAGCUAGAGAGUCCUAGUGGGAAGGAAGGAUAUGUCCUCUGAUGGAUCUCGUGUCAGAACCAAGGGGCAUGUGGGGAAUGUGGAGGUCAAAGGCAGCCUUGGCUGCAGUGACCCUGAGGAAUUCUUAAGAUUCUUAGGUCAGGGAGGGGAGUGAAAAGCAUUCUUUGUGGAUCUGCUGGAAGAACUCUGUGGAUUGUGGCCUUUGAGUGAAGAGCGGCCAAUAAAGCUGACUGAUACUCAAAGAUCACCUCCUCCAAGCUCGAGUGGUCCAUCCCAUCAAAGAGAAAGUCAGGCAAAAAAUGGAUGAGCAAGGAGCUGCUGGUCAAAUUCAGACCCCAAAAAAGAGGCAUACAGAGGGUGGAAGCAAGUACAGACAACCUGGAAGGAAUAGAAACAUUGUCUGAGCAUCUCAGGAUGAAGUUAGGAAAGCUAAAGACCAGAUGGAAUUAGAUAUGGCCAGAAAUGUCAAAGACAAGAAAGGCUUCUGUAAGUAUGUUGGUGACAGAAGGAAGAGUGCAGGUUAUCUCUGAGCUAGUUCCAGCCUUUGAUGCUGUCUCCAAAAGAUCCUCAUAGACAAGUUCUUGAUGUACGGGACGGAUGGGCAGACAGUGGGAUGGGUUAGAAACUGGCUGAACAGCCAGGCCCAGAUGGUAAUCAUCUGUGCAGACUAUUUGGAGGCCAGCAGCUUGCAGUGUACCCUGGAGGUCAGGGGUGGUACAGCGCUGUUGAACCUCCACAUGGACGAUCUGGGUGACGCGGCUCUCUCAGCACGACUGCAGACAGCAAACCUGGGAGCAGCGGCUGCUGAUCCACCAAAGGGCGGUGCUGCCAUCCAGAGGGACUGGAGAGGUGGGCUGGUGGGAACCUCCCGGGGUUGAGCGAGGAGAAGUGCAGUUUGGCUCUCGUAGGAACAAGCCCAGGCACUGGGGUAUUCCAAAAGCAGCUUGACAGAGGUGGAGCUGAUGGUCCUGGAGGACACCAAGCUGAGCUGAGGCAGCAGGUCGAGGCAGUGAUCCUGCCCUUCUGCUCGGCACUGGUGCAGUGCAAGAGGUAUACAGAGCUCCUGGAGGAGAGACCAGUGAGAGGUUGUGGAAGUGGAGAAGGGACUGGAGCACCUCUGCUGAGAGGCUGAGGGAGCUGGGACUGUUCCUCCUGAAGAAGGCUCAGGGGAAUUUGUUGAUGUGUUUGGAUACCUGAAGAGAGAGGUGCAAAGAGGAUGGAGCCAGGUAUUUUUCAAGGCUGCCCGAGAGGCAAUGGAGACAACUGGAACACGAAGUGCAGUGUGAACACUGGGAAGCACUUCUGUGCUGCGAGGGUGGCUGAGCUCUGGCACGGGGUGCCCAGAGAGACUGGGGGGUCUCUUUUUUGGGAAGUUUCAAAAGCUGUCUGGACGUAGGCCUGGGCACCCUGUGCUGAGUGGCUUUGCUGGAACAGGAGUUGGUCCAGGUGGACCUUCUAAUCAUUUUGUGAUUGUUUCAAUGUGCUCACCAGUGGCCUGGUGCCCAGGGAAGCCCCCACACCAGCUCCAGAGGGGAUAGAGCAGGAGUGCACGUCCUGGGUAUUUCCUGCAGGCAGGGCUGAGCCUUGGGUUCACGGUCAGCACAACCACAGGGAACGGUGAGCUGUGUCCCAGGGCUGACAGGGGUGCUGCAGCCCCCUGUGCCUUGCCAGGGCCAGCUGGGAGCCACCCAGUGCCAUGCUGCACUGCAGCACCAUGUGUAUGUGUGAGUGGUCCUCCUAGCCCAGCACUGCCUACAAAAUGCCUCUCUAGCUUCUCACUUUUGUUAUGGACCUUGACUGGGGUUUUAUAGCUAUAUUUUUUUGUCCUUUCUUUUCCUACAACUGUCGUGUUACUAACUGUUGACUCGGUCUAUCUGAGAAACCAAUCUGUCAAUGUAAGUGCACUUAACCCUUGGGUGUUGUCAUUAGUUGAUUGGCUUUUGCUAAAUAAAUCUUUCUAUUUCUCAAGGCUUUCUGUUGUCUCUUCCUUCUUGCUGACUCUCUCUCUUUCCAUACUCCUCCUGCCCUCCACACUCUGCCAGCCUGGGCUGGCAGCCAGCACCAGGGGUGGCACCCCCAGCAUUGCACAGAUUCUCUUGGAACUGAGCAUCCUCCCCUGCGGGACCCCGCAGCUCUGAGCUGUGCUGACUGCCAGCUGACUGUGAGAGAGGGGUGCCCCAAAUGGUGUUGGGGUCAUCUCAGGGCUGUUUGACAGCUUGAGGGUGCUUGUGGGCUGCUGGGGCUUGCACACCUCUCCGCAGAGAUGCUACACAGAGCUUUCCAGGCAUUGGGAAUUUUUGGCCACUGGGGGAGGAAAACAGCUUCUGAAAGGAUGUGAGAAGCAUUUUUUCAACGAGGGGCUGCAGCAGAGCUGUGCCUCCGAAGAGAGUAGCAGGCAGGCUGUGAUCUGCAUGGUGUUUAUUGUGCAGCAGUGGAGCAAUGGAGCAGUGCCCUCCUGCGGCAGUGGCCCAGCUGCUGGAGCUACUCGGGCACCAAAGGGGUUUUGGUCUCCUGUACAUUGUGCUCCUUCUCCAACAGGGCCUUGAGCUUGUGGUAAUACACCUUGCAGCUAUAGCCCUCCUGGGAGCUGCACUGGACAUGGUUCUUGACUGAGCACAGCGUGGGGAAGAUGCGGCAGCAUGACAUGCACUUGUAGCCGUGCUUUGGUGCAUGCUGCUCCAAGGAAGCUGGAAGGAUGUCUCCGGUGGUGAUACUGACCCUGUUGCUGGCACUCUCCGGGGUCUGGAGCUCCUCUGAAGAGCAGGACAAAGAGGCGAGGGCCUCCAAGAGGUUUUUGGGAUCCUCAGACUCCCAGGUGCUACUGAGUGGACAGGAGGAGAGGUGCUGCUGAGAGGCUGCUUUGGUGCAGAUGAGGUAGCUGUACGGUGAGCACCAAGGUCUGUAGAUGGUGCGGGCAGGGAGCUCGCUGCCUGCUGAGGCUGUGGAGCUGCGGUCUGCAGAGGGAAGGGGCAAGAGUGAGUCAGGGUCACUGCGUGAGCACGGGCACCCAUGGGGAUGGGAGUGGUGCUGGAGACCCACAAGGAGUCCCACCCUUGGCAUAGUGUUCAGUAGAGCCCUUCUCUGCCCAGGGCUCUGGCUGAUGGGUUGGUCUGUCUCACUCUGUGCGUUGUGGAGGUGACUGCCUCUGUCACCAGACAUCCCCCCAGCACUGAGAGCUCACCCAGCAGCCAGCUGGAGCUGUCCCAUGAAGUGCUGUCCUGACAUAGGGGCAGAGCUGGGGGCUGUGAGCUGGAGCAGUUGGAGGCAGCAUCCCCAGCUUUCAAGGUUCCUGCUGGGAAGACGUAAGGGUGAAAAGCACCAUUGUGCAGAGGUGGACUGCAACAGCAGGAUUCCCCUUCCCAUUCCUAGAAUGCACCUUCUGCCAUAAGGGCAGUUACCCCUCUCCUGCCCACGCAGGCAGGUACAUCCAGCCAGACCCCUCCUUGCUCCCCUGCCUGGAUGCAUCCUCGGUGCUCACCAGGCAGGCUGCACUGAUCCCAGGAGAGAGUUGCCUCCAGGUUGCCUCUUCUGGGAGCAUGGGGCAUGGCCUCAAUCAAAAUAGCUGGCAUGAAAAAUCCAUCCAUUACCCCUGUGAUGUUCUUUGUUGAGGCCCCAGAAUCCACCAGCUGGCAUUGCUAAUGGCUGAUGUCACACAGCAGAAUAUUUUUGGAACGCAAGGUUCUGCCCACCUCAGGGUUCUGGGAACCUGAUGACUGAGGUGAUGCUUGCUGGCUCCGUCCUCAGGGCUGGUGGGGAGCAAGGGGCAAGGUGUAGGGACUCAGUCUAUUCAAGCUGAGGCCAGUUGAGCAUGGGGUGGUGUGGUAAUGUGAGAUUUUGCACACACAUGGCUCCAGCGACUUGGCCAUAGCAAGGUGAGUGAGCAGUAGAAAGUGCCACUUGAGGAUGUACAGUUCAGAGCCCAGGCGGUGGGUACCCCAGCAAAUGAGGGAUCCUGGGGGGGUCCCCUUGCUAUAUCCCUUGACAAACCUUCUCUCUCUUUCUUUCCACAAUCUGCUUCCCAAGCUGCUUGGUGUCAGGUAAGAGAUGUCGUCAGUGUGCUGGUGGCAGCAAUGUGGUGCCCUGAGAUUGUUGCUCCCCUACUAUGUCCUCACGGCAUGCACAACACAGCUGUGGGGCUACAGAAACGGUCUUUCUGUCCCCAUAUGGUGUCCUCCCCAUGCUGCUGGGAGGCAGCCCUGGGAUGAUCAAGUCCCCGCAUCCUGCCUCAUAGCCACUCUCUGCUUCCUUUCUUUUCCAGUGGACCAUAGUAUGUUUGAGAACACCAGUGCUGCCACGGCACCCACCCCACGCCUGCAGCACGUUCCCACUGGUGCCUUGCCACAGCCCUCCC